AUGGGCGCCAAUCAUGAGCAUGCGACUCCUUCGAUUGACAGUGCUACAACAAACAUCGCGCCGUCGGACAAUUCAACGCCAGCCAUGAGCGAUCACGUAAAUGAUGAUCUCGAGAAGGGAACUCGCACAGCCGAUCCCAUCGAGUCAGAGGGACGUGAUGUCAAUGGAGAACCUCUAUCGGAGAAAAGCGAAGCCGUCACUCCAGCUCUGGCUGGUCCUCCAAGCCCUGGCCCUCCGCCAGAUGGAGGAGCCGAGGCAUGGAUGUCCGUGCUAGGAGCCUUUUGCGGAUUGUUCGUCAGUUUUGGCUGGAUCAACUGUAUCGGUGUCUUCCAGACCUACUAUGAAACUCACCAACUUAGCGACAUGUCCACGAGUACAGUGACAUGGAUCACAUCAUUGGAGACAUUCGUCAUGUUCUUUGCUGGCCCGAUAUUCGGCACCCUCUUCGACAACUAUGGUCCCAGAUGGAUCCUCCUAGGCGGUACAUUCUUCCACGUCUUUGGCCUCAUGAUGGCCUCCCUCUCGACUGAGUACUACCAAUUCAUCCUCGCCCAAGGAAUCUGCAGUCCCCUCGGCGCAAGCGCCAUCUUCAACGCUAGCGUAAACUCAGUCAGCACCUGGUUCGCCAAACGUCGCGCCUUCGCACUAGGCGUGACAGCCUCCGGAUCAAGUCUAGGAGGUGUGAUCUUCCCAAUCAUGGUGUCGAAUCUGAUCCCGAAAGUUGGGUUCGCCUGGGCAAUGCGUAUCUGUGCCUUUUUGAUCCUGUUUAUGCUGGGCAUUUCCAAUAUCACCCUCAAGUCGAGGCUGAAGCAUACUAAGAAGCCGUUCGAUAUUAUGAAUUUCGUUCGUCCGCUGAAGGAUGUGAAAUUCGUUGUUACGGUUGCUGCGUGCUUCUGUUUCUUCUGGGGUAUGUUCUUGCCUUUUACGUUUGUUAUCACGCAGGCGCAGCGAUAUGGCAUGUCGGAGCAUUUAUCGCAGUAUCUCAUUCCGAUUUUGAAUGCGGCUAGUGUCUUCGGUCGUACUGUCCCGGGUUACAUGGCAGACCGCGUUGGCCGCUACAACGUCAUGAUCUUCUUCAGCUAUCUCUCCGCCAUCCUCGUCUUAGCCCUAUGGCUCCCAUCACGCAGCAACGCCCCCGCCAUCGUAUUCAGCGCAAUGUACGGCUUUGGUUCCGGUGCCUUCGUGUCUCUGGCCCCAGCACUUAUUGCCCAAAUCUCUGAUCUGCGCGAGGUCGGUGUCCGCAAUGGUACCUGUUUCUCGAUUAUCUCCUUCGCUGCUCUCACUGGUACCCCGAUUGGCGGUGCUCUGGUUCCUGAUGUUUUGACUGGCUCGUAUACGAGACUGCAGGUCUUCAGUGGCGUGGUCAUGCUUGCUGGCGCAUCGCUAUUUGUUGUCGCUAGGAUUGUUGUUGGCGGAGUGAAGAUGGGCAAGGUAUAA